GAGUAUUGUUGUCACAAUAAAACAAUGGAAGAUGUAGAAAUAGGAACACCAGCAGAAUCUACAGUGGUUGAUGAAAAAGAAGAUGAAUUUAGACUUUUAACUCGUGACGAUAUCCUGAAGGUGAAUGAAGAUGCCCCAAUUUGGCGCCGUGUUCGAAUUGGUCUGCUUGUUGGAUUUUGGGUUUUGUGGGCAGCGUUGCUGCUUGCAUUAAUCCUGAUUGUGGUUUUUAAACCAAAAUGUCCUCCAAGACCUCCUUUGAAGUUUUGGCAAUCGGAAGUUGGAUACGCCAUUGACCCGUUUUCAUUCAAGAAUGGCGAUGGAGGUUUAACUGGCAACUUGAAAGGAACUCCUAUCAUUUACUUUGGAUCGGAAGUGGGCUUCACGUGCAAAGCCAAAGAACAAGUGCUGAUUGGCCUUUAUCCCAGAGGUUUCAAACCUUCGGAAACAAUAGAUCGCAGUUGGCUUUUGCCCAUGCCUUGGGAUCGGUCUGGUGUAGAAUUCACUGGUGGAAAUGAGACCAAUUCUGAGUUUAAAUCCUAUAUGGAACAAUGUGAUGUGAAAGAAACUGUUUUGAUGGAUCUUGCUUCUGGCAGAGGCACAAGCUUUCUCAAAUUCGUGUCCCGGUUGACAAUGCUGAAGAAAAAUCCCAGUCUAAUGUGGGGUGACAUCAAAGUGAUGGAAUUUCCUACACGAGUGGUUAGUGAUAGCCUUUAUGUGUUCACUCGUCAUGCGAAUCGAUUCCCCGCAUUUGUCAUCGCGAUCAACGAUCCACAAACCAGUGACACGGAAAAACUCCUCGGUUCGGUGAUCGAUUUGUCCGACAUUUGCCCCAAAAUGAAAGUCCGUCUACUUCUUUCAGAAACGUCAGAUUUAAAAGAAGACGAAGAGUUGGACAGCCACAAAAUCUACAUUCCAGUCGCCAAAACACCUGAAAUUUAUGUUUUCGAAUGUAUAUAA